AUGUCUCUCCACCAGCAGCUCUUCAUCCUCCUCCUCAUCCUCCUCUUCCUCACCAGCCGGAGGAUGAGUAAUCCAGUGGGGGAGGGGGGCAGGAGAGAGGACAUCACGAUGGUCUUCAACCCCUCAGACCUGCUUACAAAGAUCUGCAAAGAUGUGUCUGUGAGUUACAAAAGUUCAGACACCUUUACAGACUCAGCUAUCAGCUCCACCCGCAUCAAUGGAGAACGCAAAGAGAAGGUUCUGCAGCGAUGGGAGGGAGGAGACGGAGAGAGCUAUGAUUUGGACAAUGAUGCAUCCAACGGCUGGGAUGCCAGUGACAUGUUCCGUUACAAUGAAGUGAAAUACGGCGUCACAUCCACGUAUGAUUCCAGCCUCUCCAUGUAUACUGUCCCGUUAGUGAAGGACGACUCCGAGGCCUAUCGACAGAGGGAGGAACGCGCCGCCCGCCUGGCCAGGGAGAUCGAAUCAAGCCCCCAGUAUCGCCAUCGUGUCAACCUGGAAAAUGAGGAGGGCAGAAGUGAGGAGGACAAGUACAGCGCUGUGGUGCGUGACGGCAACGAUGGCGAGAAAGGCCGUGAGAGUCCACGGGACAGAGAGCGAGAGAGGAUCAGUCCUGGAGCCAGCAGCAGAGAGGGCAAGUACCCUCCUUUACCUCAACGCCAGAGAAGAAUGCAGCGGGAGGCAGAGCGGGCUGAGAGGGGUCCUGGUGGGCCUCCACCACACAGUCAUCUAAGUGGAGCUUACCGCUCCACCCCUCCAUCGUCCUCUUCCCUCAGACCCCCAUCUGCUGCUGGACCUCAGCCUGGUGCCCCCCCGUCACAGCGAAGCAUCCCUGUGUCAGGUAGAGGUGGAGCCUACGCUGCUCACCACCCACAGGGAAGCGCCCGUCCAGGCCCAGGCUCUGGUCCUAGCAGCUGGUACACACCUGCAGCACCCAGCCCAGCCUCUCAUCCAGCCGGCCCCCCUGCCCCCCACUCACUCCCCCACUGGCUCUCUGACGCUGGCAGACCUGUUCAUGGAGUUUCAACUAGAACAUCUCCUAAAGCCCAAACACCUCCACGGCUGAGCAGGACAGGACACACUCCAAACUCACACACUCAGUCCACAGCUACUCGCUGUCCUAAACCAGGUUCUCCCCUUUAUUUGGACACAUGGUCUGUCUCCCUGCCUGUGCAGAACACAUCUGUAGAUCUCUUCUCUGUAGACGUGAAAGAGAUUCUUGCUGCUGCUGCAAAAGAACGCAAGAGCAAGAGAAGCAAGAGCAGUAAAGCUCCCUCAGUUCAGCAAAGGUCACAGAUUGAGGAGCGGCAGAAAUGUGGCAAGAAACGCAGGCUCCAGCCCAGUGCUGGCAGCUCCAGUCCUCCUGCAGCAGCAAACCCUCCUGCCGUCCCUGAGGUCACCCAGCCCGGUGCUGCCAAGCCUUCUCCAUCAGAACACCCCGCUUCAGAACCCAAAGCUCAGCCUCCAGCUCCCACUGAGGACCCCUCCAAGGACACAGCAGACACCUCCUCCACCUCCACCACAGCAGCCCUCUCAGACAGGCAGUCUUUCCCAGCCGCCCGUCAGCCAGCCAGGACCCCAGGAGGUGAUGAUGCCAGGUCUGAGACGACAGCAGGCGUGGCACACAGAGUGAAAAAAUCCACCUUAAACCCCAACGCUAAAGAGUUUUACCCGAUCAAAGCUCAGAGGAACAUGUCAAUGCGCUACAAACAUGAUUGGAAUGAUCCACUGUUUUUCAGUCUGUUUUUAAUUGUUUCUGUCUUAGUGUUAAAGCCGUUGAUCUUUUCUGUCUUUCAGCUUCAACAAAUGUACCAGUCCCCCAUGUCUGCAGGCAGCCAGGGAAAACACCGCAGGACCAAAGGCUCAGUAGCGGCUCCACGCUCUGACCACAGCACUUCACCUCCCCCCAUGCUGCCCCCCUACCCCCAUCCCUACCUUCAGUACGACCCCCAGCAGUACGGCCAGCAGCAGCUCAUCCAGCCCAUGACACCCUACCCUGGACAGCUGAUGUACUCCAUGCUGCAGGGUGGAGCCAUGAUGAUAGGUCCCCACCCACAAGCCUUUGGACCACCAGGAGCUCCCUGGUUCCCCACAGCUCAAGGACCUCAGCAGGGCAUCUAUGCUCCACAGCCGUUCUCUCAUCACUCGGGUGCACUUCAUCAGCCACAGCCCCCACCAGCCCCCCCACAGCAUGCUGCACCUGGACAGAAUGCCCAGUCAGACCCACAGCCUCAGUUCUGGUACCACUCAGGUCCCUUGUGGACACCCCCCCCACCCAACAUGCCGCCUUACCCCAUUCAGGGCUACAGCAUCCACAGCCAUCAGGGCAUCCCACCCACUUACCCCCUGGGGCAGAUAGCACAGCCGGUGCCCCACGGCGCCAUCGGAGCAUCGUUUUGCUGGAUGGUGAUCAAGAUUUGGGUGGCUCCGACCAUUUCUGACGCCUGA